UUAGGUUCAGUGUGUUGCUAGCUAUGGCAGUGUGAGGUACGUAUCGCGCUGGCUGUGUUUAUAAAUCGUACCGUACACAAUUGGAAAAGCGAGGAUCCGGAACGGAAAUAAAGCUCCAAACGAGAUUGUGAUCGUGCUGGCUGGUCAGAUCUGUCGACCAUCUGAGGGGCGGUGCUUGAUUUACGUGUGGAUAAAAUAUAAGAUAUGAGUUCCAAGGUGACUAAUGAAACACCACCUCAGCAGGACGAAAUGGAGGUAGACGGUGACGGAGAUCGGGAGGAGUUGCAACAAGAGCCCGAAGAUGCAACCAUGAAUGGCGACGAAAAAGUUAAUGGUGAAGAGAAGGGACAAUCAAAAUCUGGGAUUUUUAAAGUAAAAGUUAGUGGUUUGCCGAGAUUCUAUCCACUGGGGGAAUUUAAAAGACUGGUGAAGGAAGAGCUUGGUUUGGCACUCAGCUACAUCCGGUCACCUAAAAGAGGUAAUCCAUGGCUCCAUUUAACAUUUGGAACUGCAGAAGAGCAGCAGAAAGCAAUGAAGGCCCUUCACAAAUAUACAUGGAGGAAGAAAACAUUAACUUGCAAUAUAUUGACAACUGAUGCUCAAAAACGCAAGCCGGAGGAGGGUACUGGAGAUGAUAGUGAUGCAAAAAAGGCCAAAUUGGAUUUGUCAGUGGAUGAGCGAGUGUUGAUGGUUACCAUUCCUUACCAUAACAUUCCAUAUGAAGAACAGUUGAAGAAGAAGACUGAGGAGCUAAAGGCAAUGGUGUCUCGCUUGGGAGAUUUGGUGGUACGUCGCAAUCCAGAUCUAGCUGGGUGGGCUGAACAACAACGUGAGAAAUAUGAUGGUUUGGCAUUCCAGUUGGAUGACAUUAGACCAUCGCCUGUUAUUGAUGCAUAUCGUAAUAAAUGCGAAUUCAGAAUCGGACUAAACCCUGACACGCAAGAGCGCACAGUGGGUUGCCGUCUGGAGAACUACAAGGAUGGCUCUAUUGGGGUUGGACCGGCAGAUUCUCUAAAACAUUUGCCUGAUCAAAUGAGAGAGGCUGUGAAGUUGUUUCAAGAUUAUGUACGUAAAUCAGACAAGCCACCCUUCAUAGCAGAGAAGGGUGAAGGGUACUGGAGACACCUGGUGGUGCGUAUGACAUCAAGUAAUGAGUUGAUGGUAGUGGUGGUGGCUCACCCUCAAUUUCUCACUGAAGAUGAACUGAUGAGACUGAAAAAUGAUCUGAAGGAUUACUUUGUCAAAGGAGCUGGAAAGGUUUGCAAUAUUUCAUCCCUGUACUUCCAGCAGUUCACAGAAAAGCUUGUGGGUGUUCCUUUGCCUCAAAUGGAACAUUUAUAUGGGAAAACCCACUUAGAAGAAGAUAUAUUGGACUUGACAUUCCAGCUCUCACCUUCAUCUUAUUUCCAAGUUAAUACCAAAGGGGCUGAAGUGUUGUAUUCUGCCAUUAUUGAUCUGGUAGAGCCAACUGAAGAUACAACAGUACUUGACCUUUGUUGUGGCACUGGUGGAAUUGGUCUUUGUAUAGCCAAGAAAUGUGGUCAGGUGUUUGGAGUGGAAUAUUUGGAGCAGAAUGUGGAAGAUGCAAAAAUCAAUGCUGCAAAAAAUGAAAUAACAAACUGUGAAUUUAUUGCUGGUCGUGUGGAAGAUGUUCUUUCAAAUUUGUCAGAGAAAAUCACAGGCAAAAUUGUUGUACCCAUCUUGGAUCCACCAAGAACAGGUUUGAAUCAGAAAGUUCUUUCACAUCUGCGGAAGAUGGACAAUGUUCAGAAGUUAGUGUAUGUGUGCUCCAACCACAAGGCCCCUAUCAGAAACUUUCUUGAUCUGUGUUGCCCUGAAGGAAAAAGCACCAUGACUGGUCACCCUUUUGUUCCAAUGCGAAUCAUACCAGUAGAUGUGGCCCCACAUACCAUGCAUUCUCAGAUGGUUAUUUUGUUGGAAAGGGUGGAUCCUAGUAAACUGCCAAAAGCAAAGAAUCCUGUUCCCCGUAGUGCCUCCCGGAAAAGUACCAGGGGCAGAACAGGAAGAGGAAUGAAAGGGAGUAAUAUGAUGAUCAGGGGGCAUGGCAGUAUGAGCUCAAGAAUGCGUGGGGGCAUGCCAUUAGCUGGGCCUGUACCACGGGCAGUAAGGGGUGGAGCAAGAGGCAGAGGAAUGGGUAUGCUUAUGGGCAACAUGAGAGCCCCACCUCUCAUGCCACAACGUAUGGGGUAUAUGGGUCCACCUCAGAUAGGACCAACAGUGAGAGAUUUCUCUCGAGCACCAGUCCGUUCUCGCACAAGGGAUUUAUACAUGGAUGGAUAUGGGCCAUCCCCUCUCAUGGAGAGGGGAUAUUUUCCUCCAGUGAUGGAAACAUAUGCACCUCGUCGUCCACAACGUUUUGAUUUUUCAUCAGAUGAACUGACUUUGAGUCGAUACUCUGAUUUCCGCCGUGAUGUGGAAGAUGCAAUCGAUUCGUCAUUCUCCCCACGCUCACUAGGUAUUCGCCGUCCUACGGGUUCUUUUGGGAUGGGAGAUGGCUUACUGAUGGGCUCACCUGCUGCCACAGCUGCUGCCAUGUUGGAAAGAGAGGAAAUGGCUUAUAGGGCAGGUCUCACACGUGGACUGGUUGGUGCUGCAGCAUUUGGGCCACCACCCAACCUUUAUUCACAAUAUGGAGCAAUGACAGGUGGGAGGUUAAAGGGAACAAAUAAUGGUAGAGGCACGAAAAGAGGUGGAAAUGUGGGGAGGGAAGCAAGGGGACGUAGAGGCCGUGGUGGCCUCAGGUAAUGCCAAUUCAUUAUUGAUAUAUUUCUUAGGUUCCAUCGUACAUGGAACAGCAGCUGUUACUACUUUUACUGUCAUUAUGUGUUGUGUAUGCUGCAGAUCAGUGAACAGAAUGUUAAGAUAUUUUAUUCAGUGCAUUUUCUUUUUAUGCCAUUUACAUGUAUCAUAUAGUUACAGUGAUGUUUAAACUUUGGUGUGGUGAAUUUGUAAUUAAGUAUACUGUUCUGUCUUCAUUACUAACACUUUUUACCAUUUGAUAUUGAAUGGUACCAAGAAUAAAAUGCUUAUGCACA